AUGGACAUUUCAACAACUGACACGUUGGACUCUGUUGAGAGUAGGACGGAUAGCGUAAACUCGGACAAAAAACUUCGUGUGCAAAUCACUGAAGAGGAUUUGUUGUGUGUUAAUGGCUGCGGUUUUUACGGUACUCCACAGUGGAAAGGAAGAUGCUCGAAAUGCUGGCGUGCUUAUCAAAUUCAACAGAAGAAGACACAAGACUUUGCCAAGAAUAGAGAAUUGCUAAGUUUUGAAAAAUUCGAAGGUCGUCGUAAACUGUCCACUGAAAGUCGUAGUUUAACACUGAAAGCGAUCCUUCGAAAAUCACCGUCAGUGAACGUUAAUACGACGCCUGAACAGGCGAUUUCUAGUGGUUCAGCACCAUCUCAAUCAACGCUGCCAUCACCCGGCUCGCAGAGAAGUAAUGUUCAUCAGGGUUGCAGAAGACGUGAUUUGAGUGAGGAAAGUCGUAUGGCAUGCGAUCACUUCAGUGAAUACCUCAAGAAGAAUCUGCCGUCUACAGCAGCCACUGAGAUUUGGCGUCAGACUCGGCAUGCAAUCUCUAAGAUCACUGAGAAGCGUUACACCUUUCAGCAACAAAGUAACACAAUCAGUAUGGAUGAUCUUUCUGGAAUGGUGCAACAUUUCUAUCAGGUUCUAUCUGAUCGUAUACGACACAGCUCCAUAAUUAAUGAUUCGAAUGUAUGUGUAACAGUUGAAGAGUUAAUGGCUGAAAUCGAACAAUACGUCUGUGUUCGUGCAUAUAGCACACUUUUUUGUGCAAGAGCCGAUGAAGAGGUUGCCGAUCUGUCACUACAAGAUCGUAUCCGCUCGUUGAAUUGGGUCACCGCUGGAUUUCUGGAAACAACGCUCGAUUUCUCUCAACAAAUGGUUUGUGAUAAACUGGAUGAAGCAAUCACGGAAAUGAUCGAUAUAAACAGUCAUCGAGGUGCAGCAGAAAAGUUGAGUUGUUUAGUGCGAUGCUCAAAAAUGAUAUUCGAGGCCCUCAAAGAAAGUCGAUCAGGUGCUCCGGCGAGUGCUGACGAAUACUUACCUGUACUGAUAUACGUAUUGCUCAAAGGUAAUCCACCACUAAUUCAGUCGAACGUCAAAUUUAUUAGUCGUUUCGCGUUGCCAUCCAGAGUGAUGAGUGGUGAAUCAGGCUAUUACUUCACAAAUUUGAGUUGUGCUCUUCAGUUCAUUCAGAAUAUGAACGCAGAUAGUUUGAAGAUGCCAAGAGAAGAGUUUGAAGCGUACACAUCAGGCAAUCAAGUACCACCACUGAGCGAGAAAAAUUGUGGUUGCAAUCAGGCUAUUCGUUCAAUGGAGAAUUCGUUGUCUCAAAUCCGUGAACUACUCGAUCGACAGCGUGAGUUGGCCGGAAGAAUAGAAGCAUUCGAAUUGCGGGUGCAGAGGGAAAACGAUGAAUUUCUGUCAGAGAUUCGCGACAUUUUGAACGAAUAUCCAUCGGCCGAAUUGCAACGUUUCAAUGAGCAAAUCGCUCAAGAGGAAGAGCUAACAAUGUCAGCGUGUUCGCUGACAUCACUGUCGAUCGACAAUUCUCGAACUUCUUCUCGAGAUCAUGAGGAUGAAGACGAGCCAAAUACGCUGAAUAUAAGAAAAAUGGUGAAAGCUGUCACAGAGACAUUACUUGAAGUGAGUACACCUGAAUGUGAAGAAUCUAAAGAGAUUGGCACAGACAUGAGUUCGAAUGGAGAAGAAGCAGAAAAGAAUGGAGCACAAGGGGAGGAGGAUGGCGCUGUGUUGGUGGAUCAUCAAUCUUCAAAAUAA